CCUGGUACUAACUUACAAAGUUAUAAGUACGAAGUAUUUAAUUUGGUAACGUUACUGUAUUUGGCCACACUUUGGCUUUACAUACAAAAAUAACCCAGAAAAAAAAAACGUUAAUUUCUUCUUCCCUAUUAACUUCCCAGUUUUUUUUCUUCAUUUUUCUCAUCAAUUAAUGAUCUUUUCUUGGAAAAAUGGCAAGUGUGGAUGUAGCAGUAAUUGAGCAUGGAGAAAUAGAGAAAAAUGGCGGAAAUAUUUGCUGCCAUGGAAAAGGCCCAGGCUAUGCUACUCCCUUGGAGGCCAUGGCUGGUCCUAGAGAAGCUCUUCUUUAUGUUACUUGUGUAUAUACUGGAACUGGAAGAGAGAAGCCUGACUACUUGGGCACAGUUGACGUGGAUCCAAACUCUCCUACAUAUUCGAAAGUUAUCCAUCGAUUGUCUGUUCCUAAUUUGGGGGAUGAGUUGCAUCAUUCAGGUUGGAAUUCCUGCAGUUCUUGCCAUGGAGACUCGUCUGCUGACAGACGUUUUCUCGUGCUUCCUUCUUUAAUAUCAGGAAGGGUGUACAUUGUAAAUACAAAAAAGAAUCCGAAGACCCCGUCGUUGCACAAAGUUGUUGAGCCUGAAGAGAUCUUGGCGAAGACUGGAUUAGCUUACCCGCACACUUCUCAUUGCCUUGCCUCCGGUGACAUCCUUAUCUCAUGCCUCGGUGGCAGCGAUGGGAAAGCCGAGGGAAAUGGGUUUCUCUUACUCGACUCUGAAUUUAAUGUAAAAGGAAGGUGGGAAAAGCCGGGACAUAGUCCAUCCUUUGGCUAUGAUUUCUGGUACCAACCCCGGCAUAAGACAAUGAUAAGCUCAUCAUGGGGAGCCCCUUUGGCGUUUUCCAAGGGUUUCAACCCUCAACAUGUGUCAGAGGGCUUAUAUGGAAGACAUUUAUAUGUAUAUAGCUGGCCUGAUGGUGAAUUGAAACAGACAAUGGACCUCGGAAAUACUGGACUUAUACCCUUGGAGAUACGAUUCCUUCAUGACCCUUCUAAAGAUACUGGUUAUGUUGGGUGUGCACUAUCAAGUAACAUGGUUCGAUUUUUCAAGAACCCAGAUGGAUCUUGGAGCCAUGAGGUUGCAGCAUCUGUGAAACCAAUAAAGGUGCAAAACUGGGUUCUUCCUGAGAUGCCUGGGCUGAUAACUGACUUCUUAAUCUCCCUAGAUGAUCGAUUCAUUUACUUCUCGAAUUGGCUUCAUGGAGAUAUCCGACAGUAUAACAUUGAGGAUCCCAAGAACCCCGUCUUGACUGGCCAAGUGUGGAUUGGAGGACUUAUCCGCAAGGGAAGUUCUGUUUCAGCAGUAGCUGAAGAUGGUUCAACUUAUCAGGUUGAUGUUCCAGAUGUUCAGGGCAAGAAACUGAGAGGUGGACCUCAGAUGAUACAAUUAAGUUUAGAUGGGAAGCGGCUUUAUGUGACCAACUCCCUCUUUAGCGCAUGGGAUAAUCAGUUUUAUCCUGAACUAAAGGAGCAUGGAUCUCAUAUGUUGCAAAUAGAUGUCGACUCUGAGAAAGGUGGACUUGCUAUAAAUCACAACUUCUUCGUAGAUUUUGGGUUGGAGCCUGAUGGUCCUUCGCUUGCCCAUGAAAUGAGAUACCCAGGGGGUGACUGCACAUCAGAUAUAUGGAUUUGAGCAGCCAAAUUACUCGGGCAAAUAAGAGGUCAUCAUGUUGAAUAAAUUUAGUUAUGUUAUACUGUCAUCAUUACCUUUUACACUUUUCUUACUUCACAUAUCGCAAACGAGUCCUUGUGACAGUUGAUGUUAGCUGACCCCAAAUCAUUUUGGGAAUAAGGCUUGUUGUUGUUGUUGUUGUUGUAUACUGUCGGAUUGAAAUAAAACUGGGUGUUAAUGUUCUUUUACAACUGUAUAAAUGCUGUUGAAAUAAAAGGAUAUGAUCUUUGGAUGA